GUGACUUCUUGUUGCUCGGAUAGGUGUUUCCGCCCGGAAUGUUUUGGGGACGGACACGUUGACCGUUGUUGCUGGGAGGCAGCUACAGUCACAAUGACAGGGGCGGUAAUUGUAGCUGUAUAAUCUGCUAGUGCCUGAGCAGUAGGAAAGCCUGCAGACUAACAGAACCCUAGGAAAGCAGCGCCAUGAGGGAAGGAGCCACGGACAUGAGCUGGGAUUCGGAAGCCAGCAGCACUGCCAGCGGGGUGCUUAUCCGCUCUACCAGUAUAAACAGGACCCCUGCAGGCGGGCAGGGCAGAGAGAGACUGGGUGCGGGGUCUGACAGUAAUACAGCCUCAGUGGCAGCGAGACAUCAGGGGGAAACCGUGGAACAUGGUGCAACUGUGGCAAGAGAGAAGCAGCCAGUGGCAGCUGAUGAUUUUGGGGCAGUGCUGAGAGACUGGAGUAGCGAUGCCACAGGGUGGGCACCAGAGAAACUGGAGCAAGAGGAGAAUGAGCCUCCCAAGUACAGUGCGAGCUGCAAAGCGGGAUCAAUAAUAAGCCCUGGUGGUACGAGAGACAGCUCAGGCAGCCCUGUGGGCAGCAAGGUGCACAUCUCUCUGACAAGGCUGCAAGAGAUACCCUCUCCUUAUCCAGACUUUGCCUUCAGAAAGCAUGAUGCCUCUUACAUACCCGCAGCUCUACCUGCCAACAAGUACCCUGCAGUUAGAUUUACUUCAAGUGACAGCAGAUCAGAUACUGUAAAUGUUUUGAGAAAGACAAAGAUGUCAGCUAGCAAGAGAGAGCCAUCAGCACCAAAGGUAUAUGUGACCAAACAUUUGCAGAGUGUAAUGGAUAUGAGAAAGCCAGAUGAAACAGUACAAAAUGGGAGCAAGAAGAAAGAUAAAGAUAUUGAGAUUUCUCAGUUCUCUACUGGGCAGAAAGGAGCACUGCUGGCAGCUUUGAAUAAAAGAGCACAUAGUGGCCCUGUUACUAAGCAGGUGAGGGUACAGCUUCUUGAGGACAGUACAGCGGUUAAAAGAGAGACAUGCACCCAGGACAGCAAAAAACAGCUUAAUGAGUUGGACCCAGUUACAACAGUUGCAGCUGCCACUGCUGCUGCUAUAGCUGCUACUGCUCCUCUUCUCAAGGCUCAGAGUGACAUGGAAGCCCAAGUGAACUGUGUUACCCAACUGCUAAACAAACUGCAGGAGGUGGAUAGGCAGCUGCAACAGCUCUCUAAACAACAGAGCAAGAUCCAAAGUCAUCCCCAAGAAAGAUCAUGUCACAGUGACAGGGUGAGAGAGCUGGAAAGGCAGCUUGCCCAACUGACAGAACAGAGACUUCAGCAUCUGGAGAAAUUACAACAGCAACAAAUUCAAAUGCAGUCAAAUUUUAUUAACUCUGCAAUGAAAACUGGCUCAUUGCAGCAUCAGCAUGAAGCUCCAGCAUAUGCUCCAUUGCCCUAUACUGUUCCAAAGCAUCUGCCGCCCAACCAGCUUAUGAAGUCAGCAACUUCUGAGAACUGCAGGAAAGCCAACAUGCUUCAAAAUGAAGAAGAUACAAAUCCUUCAGCAAAAUCUCCUCUGGAAACUCCGGCUCCUCGCAGGUUUGCACCAGUUCCAAUGGCAAAGGAUGUGCACGUCCCUCAAAUUACCACUCAAGAAAAGGAAAAUAUGGGGAAGCCCACAAAUCCAAUACAGUUAGGAAACGGAGUUUUUCUUCAGAAGGUCUUAGAGGAGAGCAAGUCUCCGUUAUUUAAAUCGACCUAUAAAGCUGCAGCAAACCCAACAAAGGACUACAGUUAUCCCUGUAAUGACAGCACUUCCACCUUCCUGCCAAUGGAUACAGCUACGAGGACCAAAUACCUUUCUCAGAGUAGAGAUACCACAGCUAGUACUGUAGUUCAGAAGGCUAAUGAUGUGCUGUGUGAUCUGGGUUUGCUGAAGCAGGAGAUGCAUGGCAUGCUGCAGGAAGCCAAGCAGUGGAGACCACAGGUGGAUGAUUUGACGGCUAGGGAGAAAGCCAGCCCAUAUUACAUUUCAGGUGAUCUGCAUAAGCUGCAGUCUUCUUUAUUAAGCAGCAAAAAGCCACCCAAGUCAUUGUGUGAAGAUGCAGAGCGAAUAUUAAGAGAAGUACAGAAUAAUAAGAAGGUCCUUGAAGCAAACUUAGAGGCAAUUAAUCGAGCAAAGGAUGGAGCAGCCAUGUACUCCCUUAUGGACACACUGACUACAAACAGUAACGCAGCAGAGAAAAUACAUAUUAAAAAAUCUGUUGAUGCCUGGAUUGCAGAAAUGACCUCUGAAAUACAGGAGGAGAUCUCAAGAAAAAACAUUGUGACCAGUCGCAAAGCACAAGAACCGGUAGUGGGAAAAAAAUCUGAGGGAACUAAGGAUGCAAAAAGUAUCAAAGGUACUGGAAAAACAACAUCGGCAAGGGCAAUACCGAGAACUGGAAUCUUGCCCAGGUCUUCCCAUAAGCAGAGUGAGGGAAGGAUUGCGGCAAGCAAGAAGGAAGAACUUUCUCAAGCUUUGCAAAAGAAAGGUGGCAAGCCAAGGCCCCCUCAGAGGUUGAAUGAGUCUGCCCAGGUGGAUGAAGAUGUUCUGAAUCUUGUAUAUGGCAGGCCGAUCUACCAAGGGCACCGCAGCACUCUCAAGAAGGACCCAUACCUGCGCUUUAACUCCCCUUCCCCUAAAUCAAAGCCAUGUAGGCCCAGAGUUCUGGAAACUGUAAAAGGUGUUAAGAUGAAAUCUGCACGAGUACAAACAAACUAUACUGAAUGCAAGACCACCAUAGCCAAACAUGCACCAUCAAAGUUUGAGCCUCAGUUUGUUUUUAACCCAAUCAGAGAAGCUCAAGAUAUAUCUGCACCCCUGGAGGGGCAUCUCAUCCCUAUGGCGAUUCCAUUAGGAAGAUCGCAGUUUGAUGGAAUUUCUCCAGUGCCGUCAUCUGUAAUCAUUGCACAGCCGCAGCCCACUACAUUGAAUGUGUCUAUUCCACCCUCUCCCCCAAAACCACGGGCAAAAACUGUGAAACCCAAUGUUGCAGUGGUGGAAAUAAAAUCAGAGAGAAAGGACCCCCCACAGCUUAGAGUCCAGGUGCUUCCCUGUGUUGAUAUUGACAGCGUAGCAAGCGAGAGCACCAGUGUGAGCCAAAUGUCUCCCAAUCAAGAAACAACUCCUCCUCCUACUUCCAAUCCUGCUCCGAUAAAUCCUGACAUACAGCUUCCAAUACGUGUAGAAACAGAAGAGGAGGUCCUUGCAUUUCCAGGCACUUCCUUUGUCCAAGUGUCAGAGAUCACUCAGGAUGAAGAAAGUGAGGUUGAGAUUCCGGAGCCAUUGCUGGAAGUUAACGGUUGUGCAGAAAUCUUUCCAUCAAAGUGUAAUGGAAUCCCAUUUCCACCAAGUGCUCCCGCACCUGCACCUCCAGUGACUAGUGAUAUCUUGGAAGGGAUCAUUAGCAGAAAGGAGACUUUGGAGAACACAGUCAUCAGCUGGGUGGAACAGGAGAUCAUAGCACGGAUCAUCAGUGAAAUGCAGCCAGUGAGGCAAGAAGCUGUCCCCAGCCAGACAAGUACUGAAGAGAGUGGAUCUAUAGCUUCAGAUAUCGUCGAAGCAGCUGGAGGGCAAGGAUUCCAAUUGUAUGUGGAUGCUGGAGUGCCAGUGGAUUCUGAUUUAAUUCGCCAGUAUGUUGAUAAAGCACUGGCUGAGAUUAUUGCUACAAUGUUGGGGGAGAAAGAAGCUCAAAAUACACAAAAACCUCCAUUAAGGGAAUCUGAUGUACAGAUCGCUAUAGAAGUUCCUUUAGUUCCCACUCCUGAGUGUACCCCACCCGCGUCUCCUCUCCCUUCAGCGAGGGAACCUUCCAUAGUAAAAACUCCAGAUCUUUCCCCACAAACUUCUGUGGCUGAACCCAUACCUGAAGAUCAGGCAGAAGUGGCAGCUCUGGAGAUGCCAACAAGUCCUGUAGCCACUCCUGUUAUCACCCCAGUGGCCUCUCCUCCCAGGGUGGCUACCCCAACACCUCCCAUUUCAGAAGAACCUGAACCAGAUAGCCCUGGUCUACCUGGUCCUUGGGGCACUAUGGAGUUGCCUUUAGAAGAAGAAAACCCCCAUUCUCUGGAGGAGGCUCUAUAUAAAGAUGCAAUUGUGAUGACAGUAGCUAAAGAUGAAAAGCCAGAGAGCCUGAUCUUUGCAGCUUCACCAGAACCUGAGAAAUCUUCAGUUUCCCUUCCACCUGAACCCAGAACACCCUCGCCUGCUCCCACCCCAAGCUCUGCCCCUUCAACAGAGGAGAGCACCCUGACUGUCACCACCACUGAUUCAGAAACAACCGACAGGCCCAUCUCGGAGGGAGAGGUGGUGUACAGUUAUGAUCAGAUAGCUGCAGCACAAGCUGUGGCUGAAAAUGGAGUGAUUAAUCAAAAUCUUACGGAGAGUCUAUCCAGCACUCUAAGAGAUGCACAUGACAUGGAAUAUGAUCCCCCAAGUGAAGGGCAGGUGAUUUAUGGGUCCAGGCGGGGAGCACAUCGUGAUCCUGUUCUGUCACUCUUAUCCAAAUUUAAUCAAGAUCUGGUUGCGCCACUUGACAUUUAUUACCCCCCAGAGGGCUCUGACGAAGAAAACAGCAUGGGGGAGAUCAGUGAAGGUCAAAGGCCCCGUUUCACCAACGCAGCAGAGCAAGUCUUAUUGGGGCACUCUGCCUUUAUGGGUAGACCUGCUAAUGCGGGUCAAAUUGCUGGACAUGAGCACAAGCAUCUGUCAUCUCCAGGACAGUAUGAUAAAAUACCAGAACUGAACCCCAUGGACUCUUAUAGUAUCACUCGGGGCCCAAUGAGCAUUGGGGAGCUUGAGGUGCCACUGGCAUCUGCUAAUUAUCCCAAUGUUAGUACCACUGCAAUAAUGCCGACAGGAUCCAGCAGCAGCUCUCAGGUCCAAGCCGUACCUCAAAAUGAGCAUCAGCCAACUCAUACACGUUUCAUACAAGUUGGGGUUAAGAGGAGCAAUGAUCCACCUACAGGUGUCAAGGAGGAUUUAGAUCGUACACUAGUUGAACCAAGUGCCUACCUCAGUUCUGCACUCUCAGGAAUCACUCCCGAUCCCCCAAAGAAGAUGUCUGUGAUUCUUCCAUCCAUUAAAGAAGUAGAUCAAGAUGAGGACAGAAGCACAAUUUUCCUGGAUUCGGAUACAUCGGGUUCGUCAGAUACUAUAUGAAAAGUGUCAUGCAAAAACAUAUUCUAUUCUGUAUUCAGUUUCAUACCUGUGUUUUAGGAAUCACGUUUUUCAUUUUUCCCUUGAUUAUUUAUUGAGAUUUGUAUUGUUCCUUUUUCUUUAUCUACAGUGCUAAGUGUUGCCUAUCCCUGAUCUACAUGCCUUAAAUAUUAUAAAUCACUAUUUUUAGCUUUCAGCUGCCUUUGUAAGGUUGUUUUGUAAAAUCCUUGUUUUUCAUCUUGUAAAUGAUAUGAGAUUUUCUAUUGUAUAUUUUAGAAUUCUGUUUCAUUUCUUAUUCAUGUUGUUUUUAUUGUAUAAUAAAUUGGUUGCUACAAAAGUUCUGGAAA